AUGAUUACGGCUGGAGCAUGCAUGCUGUGCUAUCAGCCAGUAAAUAUACAUAAUUUCCCUAAUGAUAUUUACAAAGGUUGCGUGGAUAAAGUAAAUCCACAAACGGGAACAUCGGAUUGUCCUCAGCGUAGACACUUGUGUGAACACGCUGUCUACCGCCAACUGAUGGCUGAGCAGUGCCCAUUAACAUGUAACAAAUGCACACCUAACAAUGCAGGAUCAGCGUCGAUAACAUCAACUUGCCGGGACUUUGCUGAUCCACGAACUGGUGUAUCGGACUGUCCGCAGAGAGCGGGAUAUUGCAGAAACGCUGUUUAUGCGCAGUUCAUGAGAGAGCAAUGUCCAAGAACAUGUGGUUAUUGUUGA